GCGAAGUGGGGCUCCGAGCGCUUUUGUGGGGCCGCGGGGCUUCGGGGCAAUGGUGGCGCGGGGCUCUUCGUAGUCCUGGAGCACAUCGCGAUUCUGGUGUGGUAGACAUCCCACGGGACCUGCCCCCUGGACCGUUUUUCGAAGCUGGUGUCCCUUCCGGUGAAACUUGGGCUUACCAAAGGAUCCAGCAACCACACUCCUAGGUAUUUACCCAAAUAAAUAGAAAACUUCUCUUAAGGCAAAAACCUGUGCAUGAAUGCUUAUAACUGCUUUAUUCAGGAUCACUGAAAACCAGACAGACCAAGGGAAUGAAGGAUGGCAGCACGCCGUGCGUUAAAAGCUGUUUUGGUGGAUCUCAAUGGCACACUUCACAUUGAAGAUGCAGCUGUGCCAGGCGCCCAGGAAGCUCUUAAAAGGUUGCGUGGAGCUUCUGUAAUGGUUAGGUUUGUGACCAAUACAACCAAAGAGAGCAAGCAAGACCUACUGGAUAGGUUGAAAAAAUUGGAGUUUGAUAUCUCUGAAGAUGAAAUAUUCACUUCGCUGACUGCAGCCAGAAAUUUAGUAGAGCAGAAGCAGGUUCGACCCAUGCUGCUAGUGGAUGAUCGGGCGCUCCCUGAUUUCAAAGGAAUACAAACAAGUGAUCCCAAUGCUGUGGUCAUAGGAUUGGCACCAGAACAUUUUCAUUAUCAAAUACUGAAUCAAGCAUUCCGCUUACUCCUGGAUGGGGCCCCUCUGAUAGCAAUCCACAAAGCCAGGUAUUACAAGAGGAAAGACGGCCUCGCCCUGGGGCCUGGACCAUUCGUGACAGCUCUGGAGUAUGCCACAGACACCAAAGCCACAGUCGUGGGAAAACCAGAGAAGACGUUCUUUUUGGAAGCAUUGCGGGGCACUUGCUGUGAACCUGAGGAGGCCGUCAUGAUAGGAGAUGAUUGCAGGGAUGAUGUCGGUGGGGCUCAGAAUGUUGGCAUGCUGGGUAUCUUAGUAAAAACUGGGAAAUACCGAGCAGCGGAUGAAGAAAAAAUUAAUCCGCCUCCUUACUUAACUUGCGAGAGCUUCCCUCAUGCCGUGGACCACAUUCUGCAGCAUCUCCUGUGAUCCUUUACAUCAGUCAGAAGCAGCCGGAGACGCAGCUGUUCGUUGUCCGGAACGAAUCCCUCCCCUGGUCCGUGCCAGCCCAGACAGGCACGGAGCAGCACUCCUCUGCUGUGCAGUAAUUAGAAAGAAAGGUAUCGAAUCGCAGGCAGCCACUACGCCUCAUGUAUCUCUUUUGUUUUAUUUUGUAAAAGAAGAUGAGACCCAGAGAAAGGGAAAGCCGAGAUUUUAUGCCAUUCCUCUUAAAAUAUUCAUCAGGCCGGCAGGGCUGGGAGGGAGAGCCUCCUGUGGGGCAUCACGUUCUCUGCUGCCUCCUCACUGGUCCUCCGGGAGGGGGGAGUGUUCCGAGUGUGAAGGAGAUUGAAUGGCAUUUUUUAAAUUAUAAAAUAAUGUUUUGGAAAGUGCAUUUCAGCUGUAGUUUUAAUAUUGAGUUCAACUGUGAAAUCCGUCAGAAGUGCCAAGUGGAGUACAAGUCAAAGCGGCAAAAUAAAUUGUCCUUUAGCCCAAGUGAUCAAGUGAAUUUGCCUUAACGGAUGUUGAAAACUAGAUUAUCUACCGUAUUAUUCCCAGCACGGGUGACUUCUUUUUCUCUUCAUUAGCCAGAGAUGACUAAUUUAAAUUUAGAACCUGAUUUUAAUUUAAAAUAAUAUUUCCAUUAAUAACCUAUUCAUUGCAGAUGCCUAUUAUACUGUGUAACAGUUGUUUUGGAAAUUUUAUGUAAAAUUAAAACUAUCAGUAUUUUACAGAUGUUUUAAUUAGACAUUGUUAUUAACAGGAACAGUGCAGAAACUAAAAUCAAGCCUUUAAUGUCUUAUAGACCAUGCAUUUUUGAAGUUAGUGUCCACCGGGGUCCUAUUAACUGUACAUUUGCAAGAUUUCAUUAUUUUUGCCUCUGACACUAUGGGAAAAAUCUUUCAGAAGCUGUUGGGACAGAUUCAGGCUUUUAUGUACUUGGUUACUACAGCUGUAAAAUGAAAUCUCGUCUUGUAGCCUGGAUUAUUCUUCUCAUGUUAAACCCACCAAAAUGAAGGGGCCUAAGUAGGUAAUGAUUUUCCUCGUGCAUUUGCAUACUGUGAUCAUCCUGGGCCUUUGCAAUUGUUUUACAGGGCUCUUGGGCAUUGAAUUAUUAGCAUGUAAUUGUGUAUCACUGUGGUGUUCACCUUAUUGAAGUGCGCGCUGAUGUUAAUGAGCUUCGGGCUUUGAUGCUUGUUUAGAGAUCAGCCUGGUCUUGGAUGGCAGGGGCAGAGCUAAAUAAAUGGCAGCCCCUCUCCUU